UGGCCGAGCUCUGGUGCCGAGGCGCCCAAAGGCCGAAGUGGAAGUGGGGCGGCGACCCCGGGGGGCGACGGAGCGGGGUCGCUGGGCGCCAGGCGCCAACAAGGGACGCGGGGUUCAAGAAGGGCGCGUGCGCGGCGAUAGGCCCCGGGGGAGGAGGCAGGGCAAGGCCAGGCGAGGGGGCGGGUGGUCCGGGCGUCCAGCCUGGAAGAUGCACAAGAGGAAGGGACCCCCGGCACCCCCGGGCCGAGGCGCCGCCGCCGCCCGCCAGCUGGGCCUGCUGGUUGACCUCUCCCCUGAUGGCCUGCUGGUCCCCGAGGACGGAGUUAAUGACGAGGAGCUGGAGGCUGAGUUCUUGGCCCUGGUAGGGGGCCAGCCGCAAGCUCUGGAGAAGCUCAAAGGCAGAGGUCCCCUGCCCAUGGAGGCCAUUGAGAAGAUGGCCAGCCUGUGCAUGAGAGACCCGGAUGAGGAGGAGGAGGGCACGGACGAGGAGGACGUGGAGGCUGAUGACGACCUGCUGGCGGAACUGGAUGAGGUCCUCGGGGAGGAGCAGAAGGCUCUGGAGCCACGCCCUCCCGUGGUCCAGCCGAAGACCGUGGCCCCGGGCCCAGGCGUGGAGGCCACCUUGCAGGAGAGGCUGGCCCUCUACCAGACAGCGAUCGAAAGCGCUCGGCAAGCUGGAGACGGUGCCAAGGUGCGGCGCUACGACCGGGGCCUGAAGACUCUGGAGAGCCUGCUGGCCUCUGUCCGCAAGGGCAACGCCGUCGACGAAGCGGACAUCCCGCCGCCCGUGGCCGUGGGGAGGGGCCCAGCCGCCAUGCCCAGCCAUACCCCUGCUCCCGCCCCACCGGGCCCUCCCGCCCCACCAGCCCCGGAGCCCAGGGUGUUCGUGGAAGGUCCUCCGCUCACUGCCCCCACGUCAUCUCUGGGCUUGGCUAAGCCCCAGUCGCCCUCAGGUUCCUGCAGCCCUGGCCCCCUGGCCCCGCUGCAGAGCCGCCAGCGCGAGUACAAGCUGGCGGCCCUCCACGCCAAACAGCAGGGAGAUAACGCAGCUGCCACCAGGCUCUUCCGCGUGGCCAAGAGCUUUGACGCCAUCCUGGAGGCGCUGAGCCGGGGGGAGCCUGUGGACCUGUCCCACCUACCCCCUCCACCUGACCAGCUGCCCCCAGACCCACCGUCCCUGCCACCGCAGCCUCCAGCUCCCGCCAUGGUGCCCUCCACACCAGAGGGUCCCGCAGCCCCGCGGACUCUCCUGGAGGCGCUGGAGCAGCGGAUGGAACGGUACCGUGCGGCCGCAGCGCAGGCCAAGGCCAAAGGCGACGAGCGGAAGGCUCGCAUGCACGAGCGCAUCGUCAAGCAAUACCAAGAUGCCAUCCGAGCCCACAAAGCUGGCCGGGCUGUGGAUGUGGCCGAGCUCCCCGUGCCCCCAGGCUUUCCCCCCAUCCAGGGCCUGGAGGCCACUGAGCCCACCCAGCAGAGCCUGGUGGGGGUCCUGGAGACUGCCAUGAAGCUGGCCAACCAGGACGAAGGCCCGGAGGAUGAAGAGGAUGAGGUGCCUAAGAAGCAGCCCAACAGCCCUCCGGCCCCCACGGCCCAGCCCAAGGCCCCCGCUCCAAGGGCACCCCAGUCAGGAUCCACCUCAGCAGGCAAAGCAGCCCCCAAGGGCACAUCCACCAGAGCCCAGCAGCAGCUGGCCUUCCUGGAGGGCCGCAAGAAGCAGCUGCUGCAGGCCGCACUGCGGGCCAAGCAGAAGAACGAUGUGGAGGGCGCCAAGAUGCACCUGCGCCAGGCCAAGGGGCUGGAGCCCAUGCUGGAGGCCUCGCGCAAUGGGCUGCCUGUGGAUAUCGCCAAGGUGCCGCCGGCCCCCGUCAACAAGGAUGACUUCGCCCUGGUCCAGCGGCCGGGCCCGGGUCUGUCCCAGGAGUGCAUCCGGCGCUACGGGGAACUCACCAGGCUCAUUCGGCAGCAGCACGAGAUGUGCCUGAACCACUCGAACCAGUUCACCCACCUGGGCAACAUCGCUGAAACCAGCAAAUUUGAGAAGCUGGCGGAAGACUGUAAGCGGAGCAUGGAGACUCUGAAGCAGGCCUUCGCCCGGGGGCUCCCCACACCCCCUGCCCGCUUCGAGCAGAGAACCUUCAGUGUCAUCAAGCUCUUCCCUGACCUCAGCAGCAACGACAUGCUUCUGUUCAUCGUCAAGGGCAUUGGCUUGCCCACGCCCCCAGGGCUGUCCCCUGGUGACCUGGAUGUCUUCGUUCGGUUCGACUUCCCCUAUCCCAACGUGGAGGAAGCUCAGAAAGACAAGACCAGUGUGAUCAAGAACACGGACUCCCCCGAGUUCAAGGAGCAGUUCAAGCUCUGCAUCCACCGAGGCCACCGUGGCUUCCGCAGGGCCAUCCAGACCAAGGGCAUCAAGUUCGAAGUGGUCCACAAGGGGGGGCUGUUCAAGACCGACCGGGUCCUGGGCACAGCCCAGCUGAAGCUGGAGGCCCUGGAGACAGCGUGUGAGGUCCGGGAGCUCCUGGAGGUCCUGGACGGUCGCCGGCCCACAGGGGGCCGGCUGGAGGUGAUGGUCCGGAUUCGGGAGCCACUGACGGCCCAGCAGUUGGAGACCACAACCGAGAGGUGGCUGGUCAUUGACCCCGUGCCGGCAGCUAUGCCCCCCCAGGUUGCUGGGUCCAAAGGGAAGGCUCCCCCCGGACCUGCCCCCACGAGGGAGCCAGGGAACAGAUCAGCCCGGCCCCUGCAUAGCCUCAGUGUACUGGCCUUCGACCAAGAGCGGCUGGAGCGGAAGAUCCUGGCCCUCAGGCAGGCACGGCGGCCAGUGCCCCCGGAGGUGGCCCAGCAGUACCAGGACAUCAUGCAACGCAGCCAGUGGCAGAGGACGCAGCUGGAGCAGGGGGGCCCGGGCAUGCGGCGAGAGUAUGUGGCCCAGCUGGAGCGGCAGCUGCAGUUUUACACGGAGGCCGCCCGGCGCCUGGGCAGCGACGGCAGCCGAGAGGCUGCAAAGGAGGCACUGUACCGACGGAACCUGGUAGAGGGCGAGCUGCAGCGGCUCCGCAGGUGAGGGGCUGACGGGGUGGGCAGCCCAGGCCCUGGCACCAGAGGAGCUGACGCGGCCGCAGACCAGACUAGCAGACAAUCAGCGGACGGUCGGCUCCAAGUGGACACAUUCCCCGUGGGGCCCACCCAGCCAGAGCUGCCCUGUCGGGGGCGUCGGGUCGGUGCCCACCAGCCAGCCCAUGCCCCUCGCCCAGGCCUGGCUGGUCAGGCCCCGGAGAGUCCCGUUUGCACAGCCUGGGGGCGUCUGGCUCCUGGCCUCCAUGGAGGUGGGGGAGGCUCGGACCAACCCUGAGGCCCCCGCAAGCACUUUACGUCCUGUCACUCCCAGCCUCAGCCCUGGAGCCCACCCACACCCCAAAGAAGCCACUGAGGCCAGCCAGAGCCUGCCAGCUCCCAGGGGUGCCCUGGCCCAGCUGGCCCAGGGCUGACAGGGGGAAUAAACACCCAGGGCCACACCCA